ACAGAACCUUUGGUCUUUCUACUCACUCCCACACCACUCGCUGAGCAAAACUCAAUUCACCAAACCUAUGGCAGUCUUUGCGUCUAGUUUCCACUCCUCAGCGCCGACGGUCCGGUAACGCCGUGUGCACCCCGCCCUCGUUGCCCAAGCGUAAACAAACGGCCAAACAGUACCGCCACUACGCUACACACGAUCACAGUGCAAUCUGUCUUGUCGUUCCAACUCAAUUCAACACAUGCACCCCAGCCCAUCUCUCUACUGCGAGAUCAAACAUUAGUCGCCAUGUUCUCCUGGAUUACAGGUCCGCGCAUCACAAAUGUCAUCGAAGACCUGCAAGCAGAACCCGGUUACGAAAACACGUUCGUUGAGCCUCCCGACACGCCAGCGCAUCAAUUCGCCGUGAAAGCCUUCAGGCACGCCCUCUUCGGAACACCCGCCCCCGAGGACACGAACAACCCUGGCAAGAAGCUGCAGAAGAAGCAGUCGCCGGGUGUGACAAACGCCAAAGUGCCCGAGAUCGCUGCGCCGAAAGAAAAUGCAGCUCCAUUGUCGCCGUCGAAGCAGCCUGGCGGAAUCCUCAUGACACCAGGAACCGCCAACAAAGGGCGAAAGACAGUCUCAUUCGGCGUGCACGUGGUGGAUAACGAGGGCAAACGCGGAAUCACCAGCAAGAGUGGGAUCCCAAACGACUGCGCCGGAAAGUUUCCUAGCCCUUGGACGCCGGGCACGGAGCUCAAGGCAGAUGGUGCCGGCGAGAAGCCUCGCACCAAACUCACAGCAGCGCUGCUUGAUGCGCGGGCGACGUCACAGCCCAAGUCUGGACAGAAGCCAAAGGCGAGAGACGACAGCGACAUUACCAUUGACCUAGGAGCGCCUCGAUCGGAAUCUGGCAAGUACUGGAAGGAGCAAUAUGAGAGCUAUGCCGAGAGGAGCGAGAAGGAAAUGAAGAAACUAGUCGCAAAGCAGCAGUUGGCCAAAAACUACGCCAAGAAAAAGGACGGCGAGAUGACUGAGGUUGCCACCAGGCUUGAACAAGAACGGAAGCGCUUUAGGCAACGCGAACGAGAACUGGAGCAGCAGAACAAAGACUAUCAGGAACGACUACGACAGGCCAUGGCGGAGAAGUUUGCCGCCAGCGUCGAGAUUACGGCGCUCAAGAACCGUAUAGAGAUAUUGGAAAAGUCGAUGAUUGUGCCAUCCUCUGAAGUGCAGGAGAGCAAACCAUCUUUCCAGAUCUAUGAGGAUUCCAGCAAGGACGCCGUCAAUCUCCGGUCGAGGCAAGAGGAAGGCCCUGAAGAAUCCUAUCUAUCUCGGACCGCUCGCAUUCCCCCGGUUGGCAAAGAGAACUCUCCGCCAAAGCCUCGACAUGUCCGCCGCCAAACACUGGCAGACGCCCCCUCCCGGCCUUCGACUUCACAUGCCGCAACACCAAGGCUGGGUGUAGACGGCAAUCAGGCUUCCGUCAUCCUCGCGAAGUCUCCUCGUGUGCCGGCCUCUGCUGCAAACCCUACACUUGCGCCGCCGUCCACGGGAACGGUCUCGAAGUCCCCCAUUAGUGUUAGGCGGCCCGAUUUCAGCAAGGAGAAUCUCCCGCCGAAGUCUCCCGCGGCAGUUGCCGCGUCUAGUCCGCUUCCGCAACCGUCCCCAGACCCAUGGAUAGAGGCGAAUGACAGUUCGCUGCCCCAGGUGGACAAGAUGGCUUUACCAAUAUCAAACGGCCAAGCUUAUUCGAGGCCCUCCAGGCCCAGCCAGCCCAGCCGGCAUCGUGUGUCUAAGUCAAUGUCCUAUCCAACAGGGUCGCAUGGUCCAGGGACGGGUCGCCGAGCCGAAAAGCGCGUCGCUGCCGACAAUAAGCCUGAGGCUCGCCAGACUUUUACUGGAGCUGUCGAGGAACCAGCCCAGCGCGCUGCAAAGACUGCGUCUACACAAGCAGCGCCAGAAGCUACCGAGAAGACGCCCACCAGAGAGAUAAAGCUUGACGCACCUACAAGAGAGAGCAAACAAUCGUCCAUGGAUCCGAAGUUCGACAUUGCAAAGAUUACCUCGCAUCAUGCGGAGGGUUCCUCGCAGGUGAAGCGGGAAAGAGUCCAGUUGCUCCCCGUCGACCGCAAGGAGGAGGCGAGGCGACGGCUAAUGGAGAGAAAACAGAGGAAGCUGUUGGCGGGUUAGUCUGUUUUCGACAAUUUUUGCUUCACAUAGCACUCGUAGCAUGGUAAUUGGCGUUUGGUAUGUAAUGGUGGUUGCUACGCUGGUGGCGUGGGGAAACCGGGCCACGAACCUUCUGUUUUCAUCACAUUAUGGGUCGUUUUACGGGCAACAGGUGCAUUACUAGCGGAGUACAGGUUGACACCAAUGAUCAUUUG